UCCAGUUUUUUGCUUAAAGAUUUUGUUCGAGCCUGCUCCGUUACAUCUUCUUUCGUUAUGGUUGCUGUGGUUGCUGUGGUAGUUAGCCCGGUUUUUGACUGCCGGAUGAUUACGUUUGCUUCUACGAAUUUUCUUUUUCCUUCUCGACAAUAA